ACCAGCCAUGGCGGUACUGUUCAUGAUUCAUUCGUUUUGGAACAGUUUUUGAACAGUUAUAAUUAGCUACCUGCGAUGUCGUGCAAAUAUCAUCACAGUGCACUCGCCAUGUGUUGUUGAAAGAGAGUACCAGGUUACUUGGCUAGGUAUUGAAGGCGAUGUAUCUCUUGUGUACAAUCGGAGCUUCCCUGAUUUGCUUUUUACUUUUAAAAUGGAUGAAAAGGAGACGACUGUGCAUGGAUAUCAAAAGACUGGACGGAAAAACAGUUCUUAUUACAGGAGGAAAUUCAGGAGUUGGCAAAGAAACUGCCGUAGCCUUGGCCAUGCGAGGCGCACGGGUCAUAAUCGGUUGUCGGGAUCCCGAGAGAGCUGAAAAGGCCGUGCAGGAAAUCAAGAUGAGGAGUCAUAACCUGAAUGUUCUCCAUAUGCAUCUGGAUUUGUCUAACCUGAGGUCCAUACGAGACUUCUGUCACAAGUUUUUAGAAAAGGAACAGAGGUUGGACAUCUUGGUUAACAAUGCAGGGAUGCCCAGUGUCCUGGACUGGACAGAUGACAGUUUCAGCAUGUGCUUUGGAGUGAACCACCUGGGUCACUUCCUGCUGACUAACCUUCUGCUUGGCCUUCUGAAAGAGAGUACUCCUAGCAGGGUCAUCACUCUGACGUGCUCUGUCUACAAGUUCCAGAAGCUCGACUUCCAGGACCUAAACUACAACCUUUUCCCCUUCUUUACCUACUGCCGCAGCAAACUGGCCAACAUUUAUUUUACCCAGGAACUUGCACGGAUGAUGGAGGGGAAAGGAGUGACUGCCUACUCUGUGCAUCCAGGGUAUGUCCAAAGUAACUGGACCUGUCACUACUCCAUCCUGUUCCGGAUGCUGAUGCAGGUGGUCAUGUUCAUGUUCUUUGUGCCCUGCGAGGUGGGUGCUCAGACUGUGAUUCACUGUGCCGUGGCAGACGAGGUGACGCAGCACAGCGGGGGAUAUUUCAGUGACUGUCGACAUAUAGCCCUCCAGUCCAUUUCUAAGGAUCCUGGCGUUGCCAAGAAGCUAUGGGAAGCCAGUGAGAGGCUGGUGGGCCUUGCUUGACAGAUGGUUUCCCUGCUGAUUUUUGUUUCUCCUCAUUAUGCCGUGUCUCUCUGUAUAUUGCAAUGGAGGUUGUCUAGUUGAAGGAUAUUGAUUUCUUGAUAUAUAUAUUUUUUACAGACUUUGAUUUAACAAAAAAAAAAAACAACACUUUAUGGCAACAUUGUGAAAAUGUUUUGAUGCACUGCAGUCUGUCCGGUUCUUGGAAGCAGUCUAGAGGUGAGGCAGCAACCAGUGUGUUUGUGUUUUAUUGCCUCUUUUUCCCAGAUAAUUAUAAACCACAGUAGGAAGGAAGGAAGAAAAACUCAUUGCCACAAAUUUUUUUUUUUUUUUUUUUGAGAGCCUGUGCAAAGCUGAGUAGUGAAAUGCAGGAAG